AUGAGAGAGGACUUAUUGAAGAUAUGCACUAAAAGUGGAAAACCUUGUGAAAAUCUGUGUAAACUUCAUAUUCCAAAUGGCAAAGACUUCAAAUGUAAGCAGGAGUCAGAGGAAGAUGAAAAUCUUGAACACCAUUUUGCAGAAGUAGCUCUUGCUUCUCCCAAAGUGUCUAUUUCUCUUCACCGAAAUAGCAGCUGGUAUAAAGUCUCGUCGAUUGAAGAAAUAUUUGAAAUUUUUUCAAUGAUUGAAGGCACAUACAUGUUAGUUGGAGGGAACACAGCUCAAGGUAUCCUAGAGGACAAGUACCCUGCUCCCCCGGAGACGUACAUUGAUGUUAACGGAGUGGCAACACUGCGGAGUCACAGGUUUGAUGGAGACAGUCUAGUGUUGGGAGCCAACAUGACUCUGACAGACACAAUGCGGCUGUUUGAUGCUGUAGCCACGUUACAACCUGCACAGUUUAAGUACCUCUCCACUCUUAGAAGGCACAUGGAGAAAGUGGCGCACAUUCCAGUGAGAAAUGUUGGCACAUUGGCUGGAAACCUAUUUUUCAAGCACCAAUAUCCAAAAUUUCCUUCUGAUCUUUUUACAAUAUAUGAGACAGUUGGAGCCAAGCUGAUUAUUGAUUCUGGAAGCGGUGAGAUGUUAACAGUUUCAUUCCCUGAGUUCCUAGCCACAGAUAUGUACAAGAAAAUCAUCACAAACAUAGUAUUUCCUCCUCUUGACUGCACUUAUGUUGUUAGGACUUACAAGGUAUUAAGAAGAGCCCAAAAUGACCAUGCAAUUGUCAACGCUGGAUUCUGCUUUAGCUUUGACAAGGCCAACAUUUUCAAAGUUCUAACUAAACCAAGAAUAGUUUACGGAGGAAUAGCACCAGACUUUGUCCAUGCAAGUGCCACAGAGUCUCUAUUAGAGGGAAAGAGAUUGCUGAACACAAAAACACUACAACAAGCUCUGUCGUCUCUACAUGAGGAGAUUCAACCCACUCGCACCCUGCCUGAGGCUACUUCAGAGUAUAGACAAGGGCUGGCACUGGCGUUGUUUUACAGGUAUGUGCUGAGUUUAAACCCUCUGGCAGUCAACCCGAGGUUCAGAAGUGGUGCGGAAGACAUUGCCAGACCUUUGAGUCGAGGAAUACAAGAAUAUUAUAGUACCCCUGCAGAAUAUCCAUUGACUGAGCCUAUACCCAAGAUUGAAUCCCUCAUUCAGUGUUCAGGAGAAAUUGAGUACGCUAAUGAUCUGCGACCAUACAAAGAUGAGUUGUAUGGUGCCUUGGUGCUGACUGACCGGUGUAGAGCUACGCUUGCUGGAGUUAAUGCUGACCAAGCUUUGAAUAUUCCAGGAGUUGUUGCUUUCUUCUCAGCUAAAGAUAUUCCCGGGAUAAACUCUUUUGUUUCUACUGACACUCCUAAUAUUGCACAAAAAGAACAACUGUUUGUAGAUGGCGAGAUUUUGUACGCUGGCCAGGCUGUUGGGGUGAUUGUGGCUACGUCUCAACAACUGGCCAACUACGCUGCAGCUAGAGUCAAGGUGACCUACACAAACAAGAGGAAACCUCUGUUGACCGUACAAGAGGUGCUGGCAUCUGGGGAGACAGACAGAGUGGUGUACCAGGGAUCAAUACAACCUACUGUAGAGAAAAAGAACAUCGUUCACACAAUCACAGGAGACUACCAGUACCACGGACAGUUCAACUAUCACUAUGAGACUCACUCCACAGUUGUCAGACCAAUAGAAAACACUCUAGACAUAACUGUGGCCACUCAGUGGAUACAGACAGUAGCAGAAGCUGUGUCAGAGCUUCUCAACAUGUCUGUCAACAGGAUAAAUGUUCGGGUUUUACGAUGUGGUGGAGGUUUUGGUGGUAAGUUAAGCCGUCCGAACAUAGCAGCCUGUGCAGCAGCCUUAUCAGCUCAUCUACUUCAGCGGCCAGUGAGGAUUGUCAUGGAUUUGGAGCAAAACAUGAGGUCUGCCAUAGGACGAUACCACAUGCUCUCCAAGUAUAAGGUUGAAGUAGACAAUAAUGGUGUUAUUCAACGUCUGAAAAUAAAAUACUACAAUGACAAAGGAGCAUCAUUCAACGACUCGAUCACAGCUCCUCUUACAAUCCCCUCAUUCCCGAACAUUUACGACAGCAGCACUUGGAAUGUUGACGCUUACGAUGUUUUAACUGACAAGGCUACGACUACCUUUAUGAGAGCUCCAGGAACACUAGGUGCUACAGGACUUGUUGAACACAUAAUGGAACACAUUGCUAUGACAGUCAAGAGAGAUCCUAUGUCAGUGAGACUGAGCAAUGCGGAGGUGGGAAGUCCUAUAUCCGGGUAUGUGGCAGAGGUGAAGACCAGAGCAGACUACAACACUAGGCUGGCAGCCUGCAGAGCGUACAAUGCUAGUAACCAGUGGAAGAAAAGAGGUAUUUCAAUAGUACCAAUGAAGUUCCUCAACCAAAUUAAAGGCAGAUACCAUGCUCUUGUCAGUAUAUACAGCAAGGAUGGAAGAGUAGCUAUUAGUCAUGGAGGUUCAGAGUUGGGGCAAGGCAUGAAUACUAAGGCAGCUCAGGUUGCUGCUCAUGAGCUGGGAGUUCCAUUGGAGUUGGUCAAAGUGAAACCCACCAACAACUUUGUUUCUCCAAAUGAUACUUUUACUGCCUCUAGUACAACAACUGAUGGGAUCUGCUAUGGAAUCAGGAAGUGUUGCGAGGAGCUCAACAAGAGGUUGGACUUGGUACGCAGUCCUCAGUUACCCUGGUCUCAACUGAUACAACAAGCCUAUCUGAAGGGGAUCAACCUCAAUGCCACUUUCAUGUUUGAUCCGCAAUGUGAUUUGGUGGAUUAUUAUGUGUAUGGAGUUACUGUAACUGAAGUAGAAAUAGACUGCUUGACAGGAGAACAUAGGAUACCUCGCGUGGAUAUUCUACUCAACCUAGGCAAGAGUUUGAACCCGGUGGUGGACAUAGGCCAGAUAGAGGGAGCAUUUGUGAUGGGUCUGGGACACUUCACUUGUGAGAAACUCAUUUUUGAUCCUGAUACUGGGUUGCUCAAAACUGACCGCACAUGGGAGUACAAGGUACUGGGAGCAAAAGAUAUUCCUGAAGAUUGGAGGAUCUACUUCAAUAAGGAUUCAAAUACUGCACUUGCCGCCACCGGUCCUUAUGGUUCUAAAACUGUUGCUGAGGCUCCAACUGUAAUGUCAAUUUCCGUCAGUUUUGCAAUCCGCAGAGCUUUGGAGUCCGUUAGAAGAGACGUUGGUCUUCCUGAAUCCUUCUUCAACAACGAUCCACCAGUAACCACUGAAGUGAUUUUCCUGAGAAGUGGAGUAGAUUAUGAAGAUUAUUCUCUCUGAAUUUAAAUCUGAGAACUUAAAAUUUAAUCCAAUUGAUUGGUUAAAGUUUGUGUUAUAAGAUACAGUUGAGAAUCUUGAAUAAGGUAACUCAUGUAUAAUAAUGAUGAAUGUACACUAUUCUUGGCA